AUGGGUAUGAACAAAUUUUGCAACUUAUAAUGACAGUGCAUAUUUUGAUUACACAAUCAAUGCAAUCAUUAUAUUAUAUUAAUUUAAUUAAUUUAAUAACUUUUUUAUCAUGAAACGUAUAAUAAUAUAUGUAAAAUAAGCUAACCACAAUGUAGUUAAGAUAAAUAAAAAAAUAAAACUAAAAAAGAUAACAUAAGAAGAAAAUAAGAAGUAUAGCGAAUCGUUCGAUUUCUCCAGAAAGCUUUUUAAAAUACACGAUUGAAAAAAUUUUAUAAAUUUUAUAGCGCUUAAAUUAAUAAUUAUUAAUAAUAAUUAUUUUGGUUUUUAUUGGCAUUUCAAUUAGAUUAUUGUGCACUAUUUUGAAAGAAAGAAUUCUAAAUAAAUAAAUAUCAGGGAUAUGGUGUUUUGAAUUAUUUUUUUAUAAAUUUAUUUAUUAAGUUUAAGUGAUAUAAAAUUUGCAAAUGUUGUAAAUUACUAAACAAGAUUUAUUUAAGUCAAUUCUCCACAAGCUGUUAUAACAACUUUUUGAGUAGGAGUGCCUGAUUUUGCACCACAUUUUUCCAUUUUUUUUAAAACAUCUAAACCACUAAGAACGUGUCCAAAUACUACAUGUUUUCCAUCCAACCAAUCUGUACGUGCUGUACAUAUGAAAAAUUGCGAUCCAUUUGUAUUUGGUCCAGAAUUUGCCAUUGACAAUGUACCUGGUCCUAUUAUAUAUCCAACUUUCUUUAAUAUGCACAUGUUACAAAGAAAUAUUUCAUAUUAUAUUCCUUUAUUAAAUCGAUCAUUGCAUCUUCUAAGAGAUCAAGGAUAUAUCAAUGGAAAGUGGAUAGGAGGGAGAAAAAAUGAGACAUUUCCUAUUUAUAAUCCAGUUGAUCAAUCUGUUAUUAACAAUGUACCUGAUAUGGAUAUAAAAGACACAAGAUUAGCAAUUAAUGCAGCAUUUGAAGCUUUCAAAUCAUUUAGUAAAACAACAGCAAAGGAACGAAGUGAUUUACUUAGAAAUUGGUAUAAUUUAAUGGUAGAACAUACAGAGGAACUAGCAGAAAUUUUAACUAAAGAAAAUGGAAAAUCUAUUGCAGAAUCUAAAGCUGAGAUCAAAUAUGGAAAUUCAUUUGUUGAGUGGUUUUCGGAAGAAGCUAGAAGAAUUGAAGGAACAAUAUUGCAAACACCAAUAUCUAAUAGAAAACUUUUGCUAUAUAAAGAACCUAUAGGUGUUGCUGCUUUAAUUACACCAUGGAAUUUUCCACAUGCUAUGAUAACACGUAAAGCAGCUGCAGCUUUGGCUGCUGGGUGUACAUGUGUAAUUAAACCAUCAGAAGAAACACCCCUUACUGCUUUGGCAUUAGCUGAUCUUGCAGAAAAAGCAGGUUUUCCUCGUGGAACAAUAAAUGUAAUUACAACCAGUUUAAAAAAUUCUCCUAAUGUUGGCAGGGAAUUAUGUGAAAAUCCUAAUGUAAAAGUUUUAUCAUUCACUGGUUCAACUGCUGUUGGGAAAAUUUUGUAUAAACAAAGUGCUUCAACUAUAAAGCGACUUUGUCUUGAAUUAGGAGGUAAUGCAUCAUUUAUUGUUUUUGAUUCUGCAAAUUUAAAUAUAGCUGUACAAGGUGCUAUGUUAAAAAUGUUUUUAUCAAAAAUUCAAAGUGAAAUUAAAAUGGGUGAUGGUAAUAAGAAAGAGGUUACACAUGGGCCUCUCAUUAAAGAAAGUCAGUUAAAUAUGAUUCAUGCAUUAAUUACUGAUGCUGUAGAAAAAGGAGCAAAAGUGCAUUGUGGUGGUACACCAUUGCCUGAAUUAGGGCCACUAUUUUAUGCUCCCACACUUAUAACUAAUGUUACUAAAGAAAUGCAAAUAUAUAACAAGGAAAUUUUUGGCCCAAUAGCUGUUAUUCAUAAAUUUGAAACCGAAAAUGAAGUUAUAGAAAAUUCUAAUAAUACAUCUGUUGGAUUAGCUGGAUAUUUUUACUCUCAAGAUAUAUCGCAAAUAUUUAGGGUAGCAAAACAAUUAGAAGUUGGAAUGGUUGGUGUAAAUGAAGGAAUAAUCUCCACAGCAGAAGCUGCUUUUGGAGGUGUAAAAGAAUCAGGUUUAGGAAGAGAGGGUUCUAGACAUGGUGUUGAAGAUUUUCUUGAGAUAAAAUAUGUAUGUCUUGGAAAUCUUAAGUAUCAUUGAAUAUUUGAUUAAGCAAUUUAUUUGAAUUUUCUAGUACAAUAAUAUUAAAAGGAUAUUAGAUCCUAAAAAGUAUUAAUUUAAUCAUUGAAUUUAUUUAUCAUUUGAUUUUAAUAUUUACUUGAACGAAAUUAAUUAUAUUUAAGUUAAAAAAUGCUCAGUAAUAAUAUAUUGUUCAGUAAAAAUAGGUAGAUUUUAAAUAUCUUUUAUAUAAAAUUAGGAUUAA